AUGGGUUGGCAGCACACGCAAUCCCAAUCUUGGGGCGGUAGACGAGGAAAAUGCGCGCGGCCCCAUAAUGCGCGAACGCCCCCAACAUCACAAACACGCGAAAGAUCUGGUGGUUAUGCCCGGCUAAAUCGAACCAGCCUGGGCCCCACCUCUCGAGAAAAUGGCCCACAUGGAAAGUUAUCCCAAGCAGUUGAUGACCAGCGCAUGUGCUGCGGGACCACUCCGAAUAUCCCCAUGGACACGAAGAAGAGGGCUCGAAGAGUGCGAAAAUCAAAGAUUAAUGGGUUGUCCACACGCAAUCCCAAUCCCGGGGCGGUAGAUGAGGAAAAUGCGCGCGGCCCCAUAGUGCGCGAGCGCCCCCAACACCACAAACACGUGAAAGAUCUGGUGGCUGUGCCCGGCUAA